UUUGAAUACUUCAAUAAAGCCAAACAGAUCGGACCGAUGAAGAAGAUCGCAAACCUCGUCAACAAGUUCAAACCCAAGAAAGAGUAUACCAUUGGGGACGUUACGGUCAAGCAAGAAGAUGUUAUUUCUGAAGGGGGUUAUGGGUAUGUCUACUUGGCCCAUAAGAAGGAUCAUUUUGAUAAUAAGUUUGCACUGAAGAAGAUCAUGGUUCAAGAUAAAAUUAACUAUGAAGCUGUACAAAGAGAAACAACCCUCUGGGCUCAACUGGAAGAUAGUCCUUAUCUUUGUAAAUACCUUGGUCAUAUUGAGCAUGAACAUGAGGGAUGUAAGGAAGUUAUCAUUCUUUGUGAGUAUUGAGACGGCGGAACGCUUAUAGAUCUCCUAGAACUGAAUGAUCUCAAACUUAUAGAAGCGGAUAUUAUCUAUCUCAUGACUCAAAUCUCCCAAGGCCUCAAGAUAAUGCACAGUCAUAGCCCUCCGAUAGCACACAGAGAUAUUAAAGUUGAGAAUAUUUUGAUGAAGGAAGAUAGCUGCAAAUUAGCAGAUUUUGGUUCUUGCUCAACUGAUACUCUUGAUUACAAGGAAGAUAACAAAACAGUAAUCUCAGAGAAGUUUGAAUUAUUUGAAAAAUACACUACAUUGAUGUACAGGCCUCCUGAAAUGAUCGACAAAUAUCAAAAAUAUCCAGUAGGAACUCAAGUUGAUAUAUGGAUGCUUGGAUGUGUACUCUAUACCCUCUGAUUUGCAAAGCACCCAUUUCAAGAAGCUCAAAAGUUAGCUAUUGUAAAUGCUCAUUAUUACAUCCCCGAUGGGGACCAAGAGCGAAUAGGUACUAAGCUGAGGGACCUCAUCAGGCUUAUGCUCACUCCAGAUCCAAGGAAAAGACCUGAUAUCCAUAAAAUCUUGUGCAUCCUUGAAAAUUGGGAUGAAAUCGAUGCCAUCCCUCUCAAUGAUGAUGCAUUUAAAGUAAAAUCUAAGCAGGAGGCUAUCUCAGAAAUUAAACUUAGUCGAUAUACUGAGAUGCAAACAGAUUCUUUAGAUGGAAAAGAUCCAUUUGCAUUGAAAGUUUCUGAUCUUAGUUCAUCGCAAGAGAAACCAAAGGAUAAAAAGCACCCAGUUGAAGAAAAGAGGAUUUGAAGGUGCCUCCUCCUGAUACGAUAGGUUGGGCUAAUUUUGAGGAUCAGGAUUUUCCAAAUAAAGCUCAAAGCUUCGAAGAAGAUUUCAAAUUUGAAAAUUCUGACAAAAAAGCCCAAAAUAACAGUAAUCCUAACUGGUUUG